ACGAUCCAAGUCCCACUGCUUUAGUUCGCAUGAGCAGGAAGAUUUGCUCGAAGAUACCCUGAAACUGGAACCCAGGCUGGUCUGUUUGCCAGCCAGUGCUUCACUGCUGUCAACCUCAGUGGCAAGUGGCAGCUACCGUGAGUAGCUUCUGUGCAUCAUGAAGAAUUUUUCAUUUCCUGUGCAGGAUAACACACAUCAGACCGAGAGUCCUCCUCCUCACAGAUUCCUGAGUUUGACAAAUCAAUCAGAUCCUAUUGGAAGACCAGAAAGAGAUGAGCAAUUAGCUCAAGUAGAGAUUGCUGUGCUGGGGGUCAUAUUUCUGACAGCGUCUGUGGGCAAUUUCAUUCUCAUACUGGUGCUGUGGCGAAGAAGAAAGAAGCUGUCUAGGAUGUAUGUGUUCAUGCUUCACCUCAGCAUUGCUGACUUAGUGGUAGCCUUUUUCCAAGUGCUGCCUCAGCUCAUUUGGGAUAUUACAGAUGUUUUCAUAGGGCCAGAUUUCUUGUGCAGAAUUAUCAAGUAUCUACAAUUGCUGGGCAUGUUUGCCUCUACAUAUAUGAUAGUGGUCAUGACAGUGGACAGAUAUCAAGCUGUUUGCUACCCCAUGGUCACUUUCCAAAAGAAGAGAGCUCUCUGGAACAUCCCCAUUUGCAGCAGCUGGUCUAUAGCACUGAUUCUUAGCCUACCACAGGUAUUUAUCUUUUCUAAGACUGAAAUAUCUCCAGGUGUCUUUGAAUGUUGGGGUGAAUUUAUUCAGCCCUGGGGGCCGAGGGCAUAUGUGACUUGGAUUUUUGUAGUUAUAUUCUUCAUUCCCUCAGCAAUCCUUAUCACAUGCCAGGUCAAGAUUUGCAAAAUAAUCAGAAGAAAUAUAAACGUGAAAAAACAGAAUGAAUGUGAAGCAACAAAUCAGAAUCAAGUCCUGCCAUCCCGAGCAAGCAGUGUGAACUGUAUUUCAAAGGCUAUGAUCAAGACAGUAAAAAUGACAGUGGUGACAGUUGUUGCCUAUGUUCUGUGUUGGUCACCUUUCUUCAUUGCCCAGCUGUGGUCUGUGUGGUUCCCCAGCAUCCUGACCGAAGGUUCAGCAUUCACCAUUAUAAUGCUCCUUGGCAAUCUAAAUAGUUGUGCCAACCCAUGGAUUUACAUGUAUUUCUGUGGCCAGAUUCCACAUUGCGCAAGCAAGCAGCUGGAGAAUACCUCGGCUCAAGAGGAAUCCGUGUUCACGGGCAGCAUUCACCUCGCAGACAGAGACCCUGAGGAGAACAGUACUUCUGCAUAAAUGCUGAGGGCUUCUUGUUGUUUUGUUACAUUCCCUCUGUUCACAAGACAUAGUGAUAUUUUACCAUCAUCCCUUAUUUUGUGGAUAAGGAAGAUGAAAAAUUGUUUUUUGUUGUAAAAAUAUAUUUCUCUGCAGUUCUGUAGCAUAUUCAGGAAGUUUCUGUGUUGUGCAAGCCUGACUCAGUGCUUCAAUUGCCACU